AUGAACAAUGAGAACGACCUCUUUCGAAAGCAAAAGGUUGCAGAGGAGAAACCCGUGGUAGACAAGAACGCUCCUGAUAUAAAGUAUGAUGUUUUUGUUAGUUUCAGGGGCAAGGAAAUCCGUAAAGGUUUUCUUAGCCAUUUGACUGAGGCAUUUGCCAUCAAGAAAAUAAACGCAUUUGUAGAUGAUAAACUUGAGAAGGGCGAAGCAAUAUGGUCAUCACUUGUUGCAGCCAUUGAAAGAUCAGCCGUUUCGUUGAUCAUCUUCUCACCAGACUAUGCCUCUUCUCCUUGGUGUUUAAAAGAAGUUGCCAAAAUCAUUGAAUGCCAAGAGAAAUAUGGACGCACUGUAAUUCCUGUUUUCUACAAUAUAGAACCCACACAUGUAAGACAUCAAUCAGGGAGUUACCAAAAAGCAUUUGCUGAGCAUGCAACAAAACAUGAGACCGAGCUGCAACUCUGGAGGUGUGCUUUGCAUAAAUCUGCUAGUUUCUCAGGAAUUGAGUCAACAAAUAUUCAAUUACAUGUACCCGUGAAAGUGGAUGGUCUAAAAUCUUUGUUGAGAGACAAUGAAAGUGAUAAUUCAGUGGCUUUUGAGUUAAGAAGGCUAGAAGAGAAAACUCUUAUAACUAUCUCUGAGGAUAAUAUUGUAUCUAUGCAUGAUAGUUUACAAGAAAUGGCUUGGGAAAUUGUUCGCCAAGAAUCUAUUGAUGAUCCUGGAAGCCGGAGUCGAUUAUGGGAUUCGAAUGACAUUUGUGAAGCAUUGGUAAAUGAGAAGGUUGGUGAAGCCAUUAGAAGCAUUCAAAUUCAAUUGACACCAAUUAAGAAGCAAAAGUUAAGCCCUCAUCAGAUAUUUGCUAUGAGAAGAUUAAAAUUUUUGGAAAUUUCCGGGAUGGGGGCUAAUUUUACGACAACCGAACGAAGAUUUGCUGAAGGGGCUAAAUUUAUGGCUACUGAACUAAGAUUUCUUUGUUGGGAGAACUACCCUUUAAGGUUCUUGCCAGAGAGUUUUAAUGCUGAAAAACUUGUUAUAUUGAAAUUAAAUCUGGGUGAAAUGGUAAAGCUCUGGGAUGGAGUGAAGAAUCUGGUGAAUUUGAAAAAGCUUGACCUCAAAUGGUCUGCAAGGUUAAUGGAGCUUCCAGAUUUAUCAAGAGCUGAAAGACUUGAAGAACUCUACCUUUGUGGUUGUUAUAAGUUGAUCAGCGUGCAUUCAUCUAUUUUCUCUCUGCCCAAACUUGAGAGAUUGAAUCUUUCUAACUGCGAAUCCCUUACCGUACUUGAAAGCAAUGCUCCUUUACUCGGUCUUCGUUAUCUUGACCUUCAAGGUUGCGUGGAACUUGAGAAAUUCUCGCUGAUAUCAGAGAAUAUGAAAGAGCUCAAAAUAGUACGUACAAAGUUCGAAGUAUUGCCCUCAUCAUUUGGAGAUCAACUCAAGCUUGAAUGGCUGUAUCUUGAAGAAACCUACAUUGAGAGGUUGCCCUCAUUCAACAAUCAUACUGAUGAUCAGUUAAAGGAAAACAGGAAUACUGUUUUGUUCAUAGGGGCCUUGAAGUUGGAUGAAUAUUCUAUUGCUGCUAUUGGGUUGAAUGCGAAAAUCAACAUUAUGAAAUUUGCAAACCAGCACUUAUCAACACCAAAUCACAAUUCUGUAAUAAACUACGGACGUUAUCAUUCGCACUCUCGUUCUUAUCGAUGUUCUUACGUGUAUCCUGGAAGCAGUGUUCCAGAGUGGUUGGAGUAUAGGACAGCAGAGGAUUGUCUUAUGAUUGAUCUCUCUUCUGCUCCACCUUCCCCCAAGUUGGGCUUCAUUUUGUGCCUCAUUCUUGAUAUGAGCUCAAACUUUAGUAGUCUUCAAUGUCAUAUCACUGUACUUGAUGGUGAGGAUGAACGUGAAAGUGACAGUUUCAGAAUGUUCAUAACUUAUGGGUUUCACGACAAUGCAUCGAAUCACGAGUGUCCUUUCCAUGGAAUCAAUCAGCUGAGCACUGAGUUUUGGAAUAUGGGUGUAGUCACAAAGUUAAAUGAAGCUGAAGCCACAAAAGAGAGAGGGGUGUUAUUUGAAAAGCAGAAGGUUGCAGAGGAGAAACCUGUGUCAGACAACUACGCUCCUGAAAUAAAGUAUGAUGUUUUUGUCAGCUUCAGGGGCAAGGACAUCCGUGACGGGUUUCUUAGCCAUUUGACUCAGGCAUUUUACACCAAGAAAAUAAAUGCCUUUGUAGACGAUAAACUUGAGAAGGGAGAAGAAAUAUGGCCAUCACUUGUUGCUGCUAUUGAAAAAUCAGCCAUUUCGAUUAUCAUUUUCUCCCCAGACUACGUUUUUUCUCGUUGGUGUUUAGAAGAAGUCGUGAAAAUACUUGAAUGCAGAGAUAAAUAUGAACGGAUUGUAAUCCCUGUUUUCUACAAAGUGACACCCACAGAUGUACGACGUCAAUCUGGGAGGUACGAAAAUGCAUUUGUUAAGCAUGGACUAAAUUAUAAGAGCAAGGUGCGAAUCUGGAAAGAUGCUUUGAAAACAAUUGCUGAUUUAUCUGGAAUUGAGUCAUCCAAAUUACGAAAUGAUGCUGAGUUGGUUAAAGAAAUUGCCGAUCUGGUGCUGAAGAGAUUGCAUGAACCAGUGAAAGUGGGUGAUCUAAAAUCUUUGUUGAAAGACAACAAAAGUGAUAAUUCAGUGGCUUUUGAGUUAAAAAGGCUGGAGGACAAGGCUCUUAUAAGUAUAUCUGAGGAUAAUAUUGUUUGUAUUGAUGAUAGUUUACAAGAAAUGGCUUGGGAGAUUGUUCGUCAAGAGUCUAUUGAUGAUCCUGGAAGCCGCAGUCGAUUGUGGGAUCCCAAUGACAUUUAUGAAGCAUUGGAAAAUGAUAAGGUUAAUGAGGCCAUUAGAAGCAUUCAAAUUCAAUUGACACCAAUUGACAAAUGUCUUGCUGAAGGAGCGAAAUUUAUGGCAACUGAACUAAGAUUUCUUUGUUGGAAGAAUUACCCUUUAAAGUCCUUGCCAGAGAGUUUUAAUGCUGAAAAACUUGUUAUAUUGAAAUUAAAUCAGGAUGAAAUGGUAAAGCUCUGGGACGGAGUGAAGAACCUGGUGAAUUUGAAAAGGCUUGACCUCAAAUGGUCCAUGAGGUUAAAGGAGCUUCCGGAUUUAUCAAGAGCUGAAAGACUUGAAGAACUGUACCUUUGUGGAUCUUAUAAAUUGACCAGUGUGCAUUCAUCUAUUUUUACUCUUCCCAAACUUGAAAGAUUGAACAUUUCUGUCUGCAACUCCCUUACUGUACUUGAAAGCAAUUCCCAUUUACCCAGUCUUCGUUAUCUCGACCUUAAAAGUUGCACGAACCUUAAGAAAUUCUCACUGAUAUCAGAAAAUAUGAAAGAGCUCAAGAUAGUGAAUACGAAGGUCGAAGCAUUGCCCUUAUCAUUUGGAGAUCAACUUAAGCUUGAAUCUCUAUAUCUUGAGAAAACUAACAUUGAGAGGUUGCCGUUAUUUAACAAUCUGAGUCAAUUCUUAUACCUAUUCAUAAGUCAUUGCAAGAAGCUUCAAACAAUCCCAAACCUUCCCCCUCUCACUAACACUUUAGAUGUCAAGUUCUGCAGCUCACUCAAAACACUACCAGAGCUUUCCCCGGACCUUAAAAUUCUAUGCCUCGAAAGCUGCACAUCACUUGAGAAUUUACCAGAGCUUCCCCCCUUACUUAAAACUUUAAACGUUAGUCAUUGUAGCUCACUUCAGACUCUACCAAAUCUUCCCCCGUCACUUGAAACACUAUAUGCCCGAAAAUGCAAAUCAUUGAGGACUGUUUUAUUCCCUUCAACAGCUGUUGAACAGUUAAGGGAAAACAGACAAAUUAUUCUGUUAUCAGAUUCCGAGAUGUUGGAUGAACCUUCUAUUGCUGCUAUUGAGUUGAAUGCGAAAAUCAACAUGAUGAAAUUUGCAAAGCAGCAACUAUCUGCACCAAAUCACAAUCCUGUUAAGAAAUCCAGGUAUUAUGAUGUUUACACUCGUUCUGAUCGAUUGGUUUACAUGUAUCCUGGAAGCAGUGUUCCGGAGUGGUUCGAGUAUAGCACAAUAAAGGAUUGCCUUAUUAUUGAUCUCUCUUCUGCUCCACCUUCCCCCAAGUUGGGCUUCAUUUUGUGCCUCAUUCUUGAUAUGAGCUCAAACUUUAGUAGUCUUCAAUGUCGUAUCACUAUAUUUGAUAGUGAGGAUGGAGGUAAAAGUGACAGUGUCAGUUUCAGAAUGUACAUAAAUUAUCGAUCUCACAACAUUGCAUCGAAUCACGUGUGUAAGAUGAUAUACGAUCAACCAUGUUCUGAAUUCUUAAAUGCAAGAGCCAAAAAUCAGACAAAGUUUAAAAUCCAGAUUACAAUAGAGGGAUCUUAUGCAGACACUCGAAAAAAUUAUCGUACACUAACACAACAGCUGUUAAAAGGAUUUGGGAAACUGUGUCUCGUACAUAGUCAGGCGCAGAGCAAAUUAAGAAAGAUCCAGCCUGCGCUUGAGAAUGUAGAGGAGAAACCCAUUUCAGAUAACAACACUCCUCAAAUAAAGUACGAUGUUUUUGUUAGCUUCAGGGGCAAGGACAUCCGUGACGGGUUUCUUAGCCAUUUGACCGAGGCAUUUGACAGGAAAAAAAUAAAAGGGUUUGUAGAUGAUAAACUUGAGAAGGGAGAAGAAAUAUGGCCAUCACUUGUUGCAGCUAUUGAAAGAUCAGCCUUUUCAUUGAUCAUUUUCUCCCCAGACUACGCUUCCUCUCGUUGGUGUUUAGAAGAAGCAGUGAAAAUAAUUGAAUGCAAAGAGAAACAUGAACGGAUUGUAAUUCCUGUUUUCUACAAAGUGGCACCGACAGAUGUACGACAUCAAUCUGGGAGUUAUAAAAAUGCAUUUGUUAAGCAUGGACUAAAUUACAAGAGCAAGGUGCAAAUCUGGAAAGAUGCUUUGGAAAAAUUUUCUGAUUUCUCUGGAAUUGAGUCAUCCAAAUUUCGAAAUGAUGCUGAAUUGGUUAAAGAAAUUGUCGAUCUUGUGCUGAAGAGAUUGCAUGUACCAGUGACCGUGAGUGAUCUAAAGUCUUUAUUAAAAGACAAUGAAAGUGAUAAUUCGGUGACUUUUGAGUUAAGAAGGUUGGAAGACAAAGCUCUUAUAACUAUUUCUGAGGAUAAUAUUAUAUCUAUGCAUGAUAGUUUACAAGAAAUGGCUUGGGAGAUUGUUCGUCAAGAGUCUACGGAUGAUCCUGGAAGUCGUAGUCGAUUGUGGGAUCACAAUGACGUUCAUGAAGCAUUGGAAAAUAAUAAGGUUAAUGAGGCGAUUAGAAGCAUUGAAAUUAAACUGAAAUCAAUGAAGAAGCUAAAGUUAAUCCCUCAAAUAUUUGCUAUGAGAAGACUAAAAUUUCUAAAAAUUUCUGGAAUAGAGUAUCAUUCCUAUCACCAACUCAUACUUGCUGAAGGGGCUAAAUUUAUGGCAACUGAACUAAGAUUUCUUUGUUGGGAGAAUUACCCUUUAAAGUCCUUGCCAGAGAGUUUUAAUGCUGAAAAACUUGUUAUAUUGAAAUUGAAUCAGGGUAAAAUGGAAAAGCUCUGGGAUGGAGUGAAGAAUGUGAUGAAUUUAAAAACGCUUGACCUCAAAUGGUGCACAGAGUUAAAGGAGCUUCCAGAUUUAUCAAGAGCCAAAAGACUAGAAGAAUUGUACCUCCAUGGUUGUUCUAUGUUGACCAUCGUGCAUUCAUCUAUUUUCUCGCUGCCCAAACUUGAGAGAUUGGACCUUUCUUUAUGCUACUCCCUUGUCAUACUUGUAAGCAAUUCCCCUUUACUCAGUCUUCGUUAUCUCGACCUUAAAGGUUGCGAGAAUCUUAAGAAAUUCUCCCUGAAAUUUGGGAAUAUGAAAGAACUCAAAUCAGUACAGACAAGGGUCGAAGCAUUGCCCUCGUCAUUUGGAGAUCAAGUCAAGCUUGAAUCCUUAUAUCUUGGAGAAACUGAAAUUCGGACUGUUCAACAGUUAAAGGAAAACAGGAAACUUGUUCUGCUCCCAGAUUCUGUGAGGUUGGAUGAACACUCGACAGCUGCUACUGGGUUGAAUGCGAAAAUCAACUUGAUGAAAUUCGCAAACGAGCACCUAUCAGCACCAAAUCGCAAUCGUGUUAAAACGUACGGGUAUUCUGAUGUUCACAGUCGUUCUGAUCGAUGUGUUUACAUGUAUCCUGGAAGCAGUGUUCCAGAGUGGUUGGAGUAUAGCACAAGAGAGGAUUGCCUUAUUAUUGAUCUCUCUUCUGCUCCACCUUCCCGCAAGUUGGGCUUCAUUUUCUGCUUCAUUCUUGAUAUGAGUUGCAUUAGAAAUAUUCACUGUCGUAUCACUAUAUUUAAUGGUGAGGAUGAAGGUAAAAUUGGCAGUGUCCGAAUGUACAUAGAUUAUGGGCUUCUCGGAAUUGCAUCGAAUCACGUGUGUAUGAUGAUAUACGACCAAACAUGUUCGGAGUUCUUAAGUUCAAGAGCCAAAAAUCAAACAAAGUUUAAAAUUCAGGUUAAAAUGGAGGAACCUGAUCCAAACACAAGACUGCCCAAGAGGGUGAUACAAAAAUACGGGGUGAGGCAAGCUCGUACAGUGAAGGGUUCUUCUACAAAAGCUCAUACAAUAACACAACAGGUGGGUGAUCUAAAAUCUUUAUUGAAAGACAACGAAAGUGAUAAUUCAGUGGCUUUUGAGUUAAGAAGGCUGGAAGACAAAGCUCUUAUAACUAUCUUUAAGGAUAACAUUGUAUGUAUGCAUGAUAGUUUACAAGAAAUGGCUUUGGAAAUUGUUCGUCAAGAGUCUAUUGAUGAUCCUGGAAGCCGCAGUCGAUUCAUGCAUUCAUUCUCUCUGCCCAAACUUGAGAGAUUGGACCUUUCUUUCUGCUACUCCCUUACCUUACUUGCAAGCAAUUCCCCUUUACUCAGUAUUGGUUAUCUCAACCUUGAAGGUUGCAAGAAUCUUAUGAAAUUCUCACUGAAAUUAGGGAAUAAUAAAGAACUCAACUUACUAAAGGUUAAAGGAUUGCCAUCAUCAUUUGGAGAUCAGCUCAAGCUUGAAUCGCUAUAUAUUGGACAAGCUGACAUUGAGAGGAAACUUGUUCUGUUCUCAGAUUCCGUGAUGUUGGAUAGACAUUCUAUUGCUGCUUUUGGGUUGAAUGCAAAAAUCAACAUGAUGAAGUUUGCAAACCAGCACCUAUCAGCACCAAAUCACAAUGCUUUUAAAAAUUACGCGUAUUAUGAUGCUUUCACUCGUUCUGAUCGAUGGGUUUACGUGUAUCCUGGAAGAAGUGUUCCAGAGUGUUUCGAGUAUAGCACAGGCAAGGAUUGUAUUAUUAUUGAUCUCUCCUCUGCUCCACCCUCCCCCAAGCUGGGCUUCAUUUUCUGCUUCAUUUUUUAUAUGAGACCCAGCAUUAGAAAUCUUCAAUGUCGUAUCACUAUAUUUGAUGGUGAGGAUGAAGGUAAAAGUGACAGUUUCAUAAUGCACAUAAAUUAUGGGUUUCUCGGCAUUGCACGUGAUCACAUUCAGUUGCAGACACAGAUUAAAAAGAUCCAGAGUGAACUUCUUCCUAUCAACACCAUAUCUAAUUUGUCCCACCUCUUUCGAAAGCAAAAGGUUGAGGUGGAGAAACCCGUGUCAGACAAGAACGCUCCUGAUAUAAAGUAUGAUGUUUUUGUUAGCUUCAGGGGCAAGGAAAUCCGUAAAGGGUUUCUCAGCCAUUUGAGUGAGGCAUUUGCCAUGAAGAAAAUAAACGCAUUUGUAGAUGAUAAACUUGAGAAGGGAGAAGCAAUAUGGCCAUCACUUGUUGCAGCUAUUGAAAGAUCAGCCGUUUCGUUGAUCAUCUUCUCACCAGACUAUGCCUCUUCUCCUUGGUGUUUGAGAGAAGUUGUCAAAAUUAUUGAAUGCCAAGAGAAAUAUGGACGUACUGUAAUUCCAGUUUUCUAUAAUAUAGAACCCACACAUGUAAAACAUCAAUCAGGAUGUUACCAGAAAGCAUUUGGUGAGCAUGCAACAAAAGAUGAGACCGAGCUGCAACUCUGGAGAUUGCAUGUACCAGUGGAGGUGGGUGAUCUAAAAUCCUUAUUGAAAGACAAUGAAAGUGAUAAUUCAGUGGCUUUUGAGUUAAGAAGGCUGGAAGAGAAAGCUCUUAUAACUAUCUCUCGGGAUAACAUUGUAUGUAUGCAUGAUAGUUUACAAGAAAUGGCUUGGGAGAUUGUUCGUCAAGAGUCCAUCGAUGAUCCUGGAAGCCGUAGUCGAUUGUGGGAUCCCAAUGACAUUUAUGAAGCAUUGGUAAAUGAAAAGGUUGGUGACGCCAUUAGAAGCAUUCAAAUUAAACUCGCAUUAAUUAAGAAGAAAAAGUUAAAUCCUCAAAUAUUUGAUAGGAGACAACUAAAAUUUCUGGAAAUAUCAGGGAAUGGGCAUGAUUGCUUCCACCGACUUAUUCUUGCUGAAGGGGUUAAAUUUAUGGCAACUGAAUUAAGGUUUCUUUCUUGGACGUAUUGCCAGUCCUUGCCAGAGUGUUUUAAUGCUGAAAAACUUGUUAUAUUGAAACUGAAUAUUGGUGGAAUGGAAAAGCUCUGGGAUGGAGUGAAGAAUCUGGUGAAUUUAAAACAACUUGACCUCAAGUGGUGCAGCGAGUUAAAGGAGCUUCCAGAUUUAUCAUCAGCCAAAAGACUUGAAAAACUGGACCUCUGUGGUUGUUCUUCGUUGAAUAGCGUGCAUUCAUCUAUUUUCUCGCUGCCCAAACUUGAGAGAUUGAACCUUGCUUUCUGCUACUCCCUUACUGUACUUGCAAGCAAUUCCACUUUACUCAGUCUUCAUUAUCUAAACCUUGAAGAUUGCCAUAAUCUUAAGAAAUUCUCAGUGAUAUCAGAGAAUAUGAAAGAGCUCAACUUAGUACGCACAAAGGUGGGAGCAUUGCCCUCAUCAUUUGGAGAUCAACUCAAGCUUGAAUCUCUAUAUCUUAGUGAAAGUGACAUUGAGAGGUUGCCGUCGUUAUACAAUCUUGCUGAAGAACAAAACAGGAGAAUUGUUAUGCUCCCAAAUUCCGUGAUGUUGGAUGAACAUUCUACAGCUGCUAUUGGGUUGAAUGCCGAAAUAAACAUGAUGAAAUUUGCAAACCAGCACCUAUCAGAACCAAAUCACAAUCCUGUUAAAAAGAAUAUGGACCCUUACACUCGUUCUGAUCGAUGUGUUUACGUGUAUCCUGGAAACAGUGUUCCAGAGUGGUUGGAGUAUAGCACCAGAAAUGAUUGUAUUACUGUUGAUCUCUCUUCUACUCCACCUUCACUCAAGUUGGGUUUCAUUUUCUCCUUCAUUCUUGAUUUGUGCUCAAACAAUAGUAUUCUUCAAUGUUGUACCACUAUAUUUGAUGAUGAGGAUGGAGGAAAUGUGACCCUUAGUCCAAGUGUUGUAUGCUGUAAAUUUAAAGGAAAAGGAAUGCAAUUACUAUCAGCCGUCUGCGUGGUUGCAGGUGCUACUCUGCCUUGA